AUGGAAGGGGAAGCUGCUGCCGCCGUCCUUCAAGUUCUAGUUCAAAAUGUCAUCGACCUUGGCAAGAAAGAGAUCUCUCAGAUCCGAGAUCUCCACAAAAAUGCAGAAAAGCUAACUAAGAGUCUCGAAACCAUCCAGAAAUACUUGAAGGAUGCCGAGACGCGUGACAUCACCAGCGAAUUAGCUGUGAAGGAGUGGCUGAAGAAGCUUGAAGACGUGGCUUUCGAUGCUGACAAUGUUUUGGAUGAACUCAACUAUCAUAUUCUCUCUGACCAGAUCAAGCCCGCCGAGCCUGAGGAGGAAAAGAUACCAUCAUGCUUCUCACGCCUCUCAUGCUUCUCAUGCUGCAAGAAUCUUUCACGUUCUCGAAAUAUGGCUCUUAAAAUCAAAGAUAUCAAUGAGCAUUUGGAGUCCAUUAACAAAGAGGCCACCGAUCUUGGCCUCGUAGGGAGGCUUGACAAUGCGCCUGCUUUGGUUAUUACUACUAUGGAAACUGAUUCAUUCACUCUUGAUCCAAUUUUUAUUGGAAGAGAUGAUGUUGAGUUGGAAAUAGUUGAGAUGCUUACAAAUAGCAUCACAACUGAUGAAAAAUCACUUUCCACCCUUGCCAUUGUCGGGAUUGGGGGAUUGGGGAAGACGACAUUGACUAGGAAAGUCUUCAAUCAUGCAAAGAUGAAGAGUCGGUUUGGAUCGCGUAUUUGGGUGCAUGUUUCUCCUAAUUUUGAUCCAAUCAUUCUUUUCAAGAAAAUUCUCAAUAAGUUGACUUCUUAUCCAGUUGAAAUUGCGGAUAGACAGGAUAUUCUUUCAAAGCUUCAAGAAGCUUUGAAAGAUAUAACUUAUCUUCUUGUACUUGAUGAUGCAUGGAAUGAAGAUAUUUUGAAAUGGAAAGAUUUUAUGGAUUCCUUGUUGGGAGUUAGUUGUGCUAAGGGAAAUGCCAUUGUUGUUACCACGAGAAAAAAGACGGUUGCUUCAAUUGUGAGUCCACUUCAUACACAUGAGUUGGAAGGCUUAUCAGAGGAAAAUUGUUGGUCAAUAAUCAAAGUUAAAACCUUUGGAGAAGGAAACGUUCCAUCAGAAUUUGAGACUAUUGGGAAAAAGAUUGCAAGAAAAUGUCAAGGUUUGCCAUUAGCUGCCAACGUAGUUGGGGGAAUACUGAGCAAUCAAUCUAAGGAAAAAUGGCGUUCAAUCGAGGAGAAAUGGCUUUCACCCGAAGAAGGAGGAGAUAAUAUCACUGAAAUAUUGAGACUGAGCUUCGAUAAUUUGUCUUUGCCGUCACUUAAGAAGUGCUUCACAUACUGUGCGAUGUUUCCUAAAGGCUCCAAAAUCAUGAAAAGGGAACUGAUUGAGAUGUGGAUGGCAGAAGGUUUUCUUCAAGCUGAUGGAAGGGAUGACAUGGAGUCCGUGGGCGAAAAAUUUGUCAGCGUUCUUCUGCACAACUCUUUACUGCAAGUUUCAGAAAGAGAGGAUGACGGAAAUGUAGAAAGUUGUGGCAUGCACGAUCUUGUGCACGAUCUGGCUUGUUCUGUUUCAAGUUCCUCUAACAGUACAGGUGGUAGCAGCCGAGUUCGAUACAUGACUCUCGAAGAAGACGAAUCGAGUCAAAUCCCAAAAGAAAUUGCAAAAUCUUUGCGUACGUUACUAAUAACAUCCAAAGGUGAUAUUUCUGAUAUCAACUUCUCAGACUUGGAAAGUUUGCAUGUUUUACGUCUUGAGUCUGGAUAUCAAGUUAAAGAGCUGCCAAGUUCAAUUAAAAAGUUGAUACAUUUGAGAGAUUUUGACAUUUCAAAGACAAGUAUUAAAGAUUUGCCGGAUUGGAUUGGUGAAUUCUUUCACUUGCAGACGUUGAGAGUACACUUGCGGGGAGUACGCUCAAAUGAGGUGAGUAAACUGCCAUGUACGAUUAAGUACUUGAUUAACUUGAGGCAUCUUUAUAUUAAUCAGUGGGUAGAGUUGCCUAUGGGAAUUGGGGGAUUAACUUCUCUCCAAACGCUAAAGUACUUUCCAGUAGGCGACGAGAAUGGCUGCAAGAUUGAAGAGCUCGGAAGUUUGAAUAAUCUUAAAGGAGAGUUAGAGAUUCGGAAUCUGGAAAGGGUUCAUGACAAGGAAGAGGCUGGGAAAGCCAAUUUAUUCAAAAAGUCUAAAAUAUUGGAGCUGCAUUUGAAUUGGGAUCGAUAUAGAGAAGGUGGAACAAAUGAUGAGGAUGUAUUGGAAGGCCUUCAACCUCACUCAGAUCUGAGGGAGUUAAAGAUUUGGGGAUUCAAAGGCAGUAGGUUUCCAUUAUGGACUGAGAAGAUGUCAGUUCGAGAUGCGCCUCAAGGCUCUUGGGUGCUACUUAACAACUUAAUGUCGUUAUAUCUCUUUCACUGCAGAGAAUGUGAAGAGAUCCCAAUGUUGGGGCAGUUGCCCAAUCUCAAGUCCCUUGAGUUGAGAGGAUGGAGGAAUUUGAAGUGUAUAAAUUCAUCAUUCUACGGAAUGGUGAACAAGGACACACGCAUUGUUUUUCCAGCUCUUGAGAGGUUAGAAUUGUAUCGCAUGCAUAAGCUGGCAGAGUGGGCAGAAAUAGAAAUUUCGGAUGGAAGUGAAGUGAAGUUAUUUCCUCGCCUCCGAUAUUUGAGAAUUAGGGAGUGCGAGCAAUUGAGGAGUGUUCCAAGUCAUGUCUCGUCAUGCCUUGAAGAAUUGAUAAUUAGAGAGAUCGGUGUGGAAUGUCUGCCAGCUGAUUGGUUAUUGAGUAACAACGAGACUCUCUCGGAGUUGUAUAUAGUGGACUGCCCGAAUUUGAGAGAAAUAUCAGAUAGGUGGGGAGAAGAAGAAUCACAAGGAAGAAGCUUCACAAUCACAUCCCUCCCUAUAUUCCCUCGUCUAACAAAAUUGUAUAUUGGAGGCGUUCCUAAGUUAAGUUUGGAGACUGUGGAUGGCAUAUUGCAAGGAUGCUGCCACUCACUUGAUAAGUUAUCUCUGAAGGGGAUGGAAAGUUGGGAAUGCCUGCCUGAAUCAAUUCAACAUCUCACUACUCUUACUUGGUUAGAGUUAAAGGAUUUUGGAAUCGAAGAGUUACCUGAAUGGUUAGGGAACCUCUCAUCUCUAAAGCAGUUGAAUUUACAUAACUGCAAAAGUCUAAGGUGUCUACCAUCUAUGGAUGCAAUGCAACGCCUCACAACAUUAAACACACUAAUUAUUUGGUAUUGCCCAAAAUUAGUGAUUAAAAGAGAGGCAGCUGAUUCUGAAUGGCCCAAGCUUUCCCAUAUCCCUAGAAUCUACAUCCAAAUUGAUGGCUCCGGCCUCCGGUGA